AUGCCUUCAUCGUCGGAACAAACCGUCUAUGCGAUGGAAUCGCUACAAGGAGAGCGCCCAGGCGAAACAGAGAUCGCUUCCGCAGAUUGUGAACGCACAGGAAACGUCACCCCACCAACGGAAACCUCUCUUCCGCCGACAGACCACGGCAAAGAAGCAUAUUUGACUCUCAUGUGCUGUACUCUUGCCCAGUUGCCAAUCUGGGGCUAUUCGGUGUCAUUUGGCAUCUUUCAGGAAUACUACAGCCGUCCCAGCAGUCCCAUUAGCACGGCUUCCUCAGGCACCAUCGCCACAAUUGGAGCACUGCAGCAGGGUGUCAUGUAUCUCAUGAUGCCGUUUGCCUUUCUGAUCCUCACCCGCUAUCCUCAUCUGCGCCAAUGGUGCGGUCCUCUUGGUCUUGCCAUAACGACCGCUAGUCUCACAGCGUCGGCGUUUGUGAGCGGCAUUGGCGGACUCAUCGCAACACAAGGUGCUCUCUACUCGAUUGGCUGUGGGUUAGUAUUCUGUCCGAUUUCUCAUUACAUGAAUGAGUGGUUUGUAGAGAGGAAGGGAAUGGCCUUGGGGGUUAUGUGGGCAGGUAAAUCUUCGACUGGUAUAGCUAUGCCUUUCAUCUUCGAUGCUUUGCUGCGCAAGAUCGGUCUUCGGGCAACGCUGUUGGCUUGGGCUGGUGCAUCGGCAUUGAUGAUCCUCCCAACUCUGUUCUUCAUCAAACCGCGAAUUCCCAUCCACACACAGGCUCGAGUACAGAAACUCUCCUUCAAUUUUCUUCGCCAUACUUCCUUCUGGAUGAUGCAGGCUGGUGUCAUCAUACAGUCUCUUGGAUAUCUCAUGCCAAGUACUUACUUGGCCAGCUAUGCAUCAACGAUCGGGCUACCAAGCAUCACAGGCCCUAUCCUUCUGGCUUUGUUCUCCGUGGCAUCCGUUCCCGGUGGAAUCAUUCACGGCAUGGUCGGAGAUAAGCUUUCCGCAACAGAAGCUGUUACACUGGCGUCAAUAGGCAGCGCCCUGCCCAUAUUCUUACUCUGGGGCCUCAGCCUCAACCUGGCCAACUUAGUAGUCUUCGUGGUACUCUAUGGCUUUUUCGCAGGUGGUUUCAGCUCGACGUGGUCCAACAUGUCAGCCGACAUCCAGAAAGACGACUCUGCUGCUGAUUCCGCUCUCAUCUUUGGCAUGCUGAUGGGCGGGCGCGGAGUUGGGUUUGUGGUUGCCGGGCCGUUGAGUGGUGUUUUGUUGCAGGCCAAGGCGGUUCUGUCUGACGAGGCACUGGGUUACGCGACACAGUAUGGACCUAUGAUUAUAUGUACGGGUGUUACUGCUGUGUUUGGGGCUUGGGCGCCCAUGUGGAAGGGUAUGCGAGUUGCUUUGGGAACCUGUGGAGGUGAUUGA